AAAUACAAACCCCUGCUUCACGAGCAACUCAAAAUCAGCACAGCAGUGGGCGACCCAAAUGCCCGAGGUCAACGAAAUGAAUCUUUGGCUUGGUUUUGGUCUGUUGAAGUCGACCUCGGGGGUCCUGAUCAAUCGUGGAAUGAGGAAUGUGAGUUUCUGCUUGCAUUCCAUUGGCUGAGGGCAAAGGCACUAUGGGAUCAAUGGAGGGAAGAAAUGCUAUUGGUCAAAUUGGAGAUGGAUUGGACAUGUAAGUUCUUUUUGUGGAAAACAACCCAAUGGGGCGACCACAUGCAGGAAUCAUUGGAGAAACGACUUCCGGGUCACGGAUGCUACACUGGAAGGCAAUCCCAAAUGUAUUCAUUGCUCACACAGGAUGCGCAGGCAGCUUUUCAAGACCUACAAAAUGUGUUGAUAGAGGCUGGAGAUGAAUGA